AGACGAGUCCCGUGACACUUGAGUCUUCCCUUACCAUAGAGUGGUCAUAAUAGUUUAGGUCAAACCGUUCGAACAAUAGACGUUUUCGCGAGAAGGCAGAUUUUCGGGACGCGUCAAUCGACUAAUGGAUUUCUUAAACGAAGCAGGGAGGAGGGACCUACCUUUUGCAACUGUUUUGGACUAAUUACACCCUGAACACAGACUAAAUGAGACAGCCGAACUUCCCCCGCAGGCGAGGAAACGGAAUCCAUGGACCAGGAAGGAAGGAAUGACACUAAAACGUUGUUUAGCUUGCUUCACCGACAUAACAAACACAAAUGUCACAUUUGUGGUGAAUUGUGCUAGUUAGAUUAACAUGUAGUCGAUGGAAGUUAUUUCAACCUAGCACGCGUCAACUUACUAGCGAACUAAUACAUCAUUGACACAUCACAAGCUAGCUAGGCUAACGCGUUAGUCAGCUUUGAAAGGCUGGAAAGUCAAUAUCAUACGGGGGAUUUUGCGGUAUUUGCUAAUUUGGCUCGCUCAGAGAUCAUGUUAAGUAUUUGUUUGUGUUAAUAACCAGAUAAAGUAACUAGCUAGUUAACGGUAGUAGUUAGUUACAGUAGCUAACUAACUUUUUAUUUUAUUUUUUUAAGUCGAUUAGUCCUGACAGGCUAUUUGCUAGCGGCUAACACUAGCUAACUAACGCUAGCCUAGCUACGUGUUCCAUGCCAUGGCAAUGGUUUUGUUUGUUUGGAAACUUUCGUCUGGUUUCAUACUGUUGGUUGUGACCGUGCCAACGAAAUAACGUUAGCUUUGGUUAUUUUUGAGCUAUCAUGGCUAAAAUAGAGAAUGGUCGCAAGUCGGACGACUCUAGAAGUAUCAGGACAAUUAGCAGCAGUCAUAUGGACGACGAGAGCUCCCUUGGCUCAGACUCCGAGAUCAACGGCUUCACCAACGACAGGCAUACGGAUAAAUAUGGAUUUAUUGGAGGGGCGCAACAGUAUUCAGAAGAAUCGGCUCAGGACGUCCCUCCAGAGGUUUUGAGACAGCGAGAGGUCAAGUGGCUGGACAUGCUCAGCAACUGGGACAAAUGGAUGGUCAAGAGACACAAAAAGGUGAGACUGCGGUGUCAGAAAGGGAUUCCUCCCUCACUGCGAGGCCGUGCUUGGCUUUACCUGUCAGGGGGAAAAGUGAAGAGGGAACAGAACCGAGGGAAGUUUGAGGAGCUGGACAGUCAGGCUGGAGACCCGAAGGAGCUGGAUGUGAUUGAGAAAGACCUGCACAGACAGUUCCCCUUCCAUGAGAUGUUUGUGUCACGGGGGGGCCACGGGCAACAGGACCUGUUCCGUGUUCUGAAGGCCUACACACUGUACAGGCCAGAGGAGGGCUACUGUCAAGCCCAGGCCCCCAUUGCUGCUGUGCUGCUCAUGCACAUGCCUGCUGAGGAUGCGUUCUGGGGGCUGGUCCAAAUUUGUGAGAAGUACCUUCCUGGAUACUACAGUGCUGGGCUGGAGGCCAUUCAGUUAGAUGGAGAAAUCCUGUAUGCCUUGACUCGGCGCGUCUCCCCUUUAGUCUACCGCCACCUGGAGAAACACAAGAUGGAGCCCAUCCUCUACAUGACAGAGUGGUUCAUGUGUGCCUUCUCCCGCACCCUGCCCUGGGCCUCUGUGCUCCGCGUCUGGGACAUGUUCCUCUGUGACGGUGUGAAGAUCAUCUUCCGGGUGGGCCUGGUGCUGCUGAAAUGCAUGCUGGGUACCCGUGAGAAGCUGAAGGCGUGUCAGGGCCAGUAUGAGACCAUGGAGCUGCUGAGGGCCAUAGAGCCACGCUACAUGCAGGAGGGCUUCCUAGUCAGGGAGGUUCUGGAGGUGCCUGUGUCAGAGCGGGACGUUGAAAGGGAGCACCAUGUUCAGCUGAAGCGCUGGAGGAAGAACCGUGGUGAGCUUCACUGCAAGUCCCCUCCCAGAAUGCACGGUGCUAGGGCUAUUAUGGCUUCGGAGCCUCCCAGUCGCCAGGACCUGCGUCAGAACCCGACCAUCAUCGUAGAGUCGCCCCUGCCUCCCCCUCAGCCUACACCUCAGCUGAAGAAGGGAGAGAAGAGCAAGGAGGAGAAGAGCAAGAAGAAAGGAAGUAUGAAGAAAGCCCCUACUGUCAUGGAGAUCCCCAACCCUUAUCCUUUAGCCGGUGACCCCCAGAGAGAUCCCCAGCUUCCACUGAGAGAUCCUAUGCCUACUCUCAGAAACUCAACAGUACAGCAGCCCCUCGUCAAUGACACACCCCUCCCAAACACACCUGAAGACUCUCCACCGCCACACCAACCAACGCUUAACGACCAGUCUCUUCUAACAGUGUCGCCUCUCCAGAAGUCCACACAGAGCCUGAGUAGCAUAGAGGCAGAUCAGGACACAUACCUGUAGCUCUUGCUUUGGGCAGAGGGUGGAACAGCAUGUCUGAAACUGGGCAUGAUGGGUACAAGGUGGAGGAGUGAAUAGUAAAAGAGGAACUGGAACAAUCCCUGUGUUAUCCUGGACAUGACUCACUUCCACAAUGAGUCUAAAUCUGAUGUCACCCAGACACAAAAAGCCUUGCUCUGCCUCAGGCCAGGCAUAUGUGCCCCCUGACCUCUUGUGGGAGAUUCCAGGGUGGCUCUACGGAGGAUGUUCCAGUUGUCAUUGGGACGAUCUCAAUGGCAUACUACUUGCGUCCUCUCUCCUCGUCUCCUUCUCAAUAGCCAUUGGAUGAGAAAGCCAGAGGUCUCUCCCCUCUGACUUUCUCCUCCAGUGGGUUUUGAGAAGGAGAUGAGGAGCGAGGACACAAGGAUUAUGACAUUGAGAUCUUCCCAUUCACUCGCUCACUUUAGGCCCUCUGCAUGCCAACCAAGCCCUCUGUCUGUUUACCAGGCACUAGCACAGCUCCGCCAUCAACCUGCAACUGGGUGUAUCAUGGCCAAUGGCACUGCUGCCCAACCAUGUGCCACAAUUGUAUAUUUUUCUAUAGAUUUUUUUUCUUCCCUGCUUGCUCUUAAGACACCGUGUUGCCUAGACCACACAGUCAGCAGCAUUCACUAAUGCGUCACUUCUAAGUGUUCUACUACUUUAAUCCAUAUGUUACCUCUUCAUUAUUCUUUACUCUGACUAUUAGUGAUGUGAAAGGGAGACAUGUUACUCAUUUACUGGUAGUGUAGUUAUUGUAUACAUGAUGCAUUCCUUUUUAAACAUGUCAAAGACCACCCAAUAGUGUACCAGGUUCUAGGCUCAACCUGCCUUUGUUUGGGCAAAAUGCAUGUUUUUUUAUUUUCUAUAUUCAUUCAAAUCUCCAAAUCACCUGUGGUGUGUAAGAAAUAGGAAUGCUUAAGAAAGAGAAAUAUUGUUUAUAGUCCCAGUUAGCCUUGGUGAUAAGCAAAGAGCGCUUCCAUUCUUCACCACCAGAGAGCAGCCUUGGUAUGUGCUUCCAUCUGUUACAUUCCCCUUCCUAAAAAGGAACGCACAACAAUCUUGUCUCGAAUUUACAAUACGAGGACAUGCACUCCCCUAUCAAUUCCGUACUUCCCAUACUUUCAAAGGAACUUCGUUAGCAUGUUUUACUUUCCAGUGAAACAUGUGUGCCUCGUACGUGUGCAUAAAUCCUCCGGACCAGCAUGACUUGUGACUGUUUAUUCUCCUAGUCAGGUGAUAAUGGGCCUGAUGUCCUGAGACCAGACAAAUCCUCACUGUGCCAGGCUGUUCCAGUCCCUAUGUAGUGUUUAACUUGUGUAAGAUAAGUGAAAGGGAGAGAGGACUGGACAUUCCUCACAAUAUGACACAUUCCUACCCUUGGGUUCCUUAAAAGCCUAUUAGUCUUGUGGCUAACAUGCAUAGUCUUCUCUGUAUCGUGUAUGUAUUGAUGCAUGUUUCUAUUUUUAACACUUCUUUGGGGGGGUGGGGGUGCUGUGUGUGCUAUGCCAGUUAGCUGUGAAGUGUUGACCUCUGCUCCUUGCCACAGGUGUGCUAGGUGUUCUGGACCUGGCAGGCUAGUUACUGUAUCUCUGUGGUAUUGGAAAGACGUGAAUGACCUCAUUGCUACACUGAGUGACCGAUCCAGAAGGCGCAAAGAUGUGAUUAGAAUCAUCAGUGAUCCACUUCCUUUUACUAGAUACUUAGUUGUCUCAAUGCAAUCGUUGCAGACAGGCAAAGAGGGUUUCUGUACAUGGUGAUUGAGACCUUACUUUUGGGACAUUUUUGGAACCUUCAUGUUUUGGGAUAACAUGGGAGCCUUUCCAUUUUUAAAUCAGUGUAAUUAAUUUGGGAACGUCGUGAGGCCUGUUAUGAUCCUGCCUUUUCUUUGGGGAAGAAACAAACUAAUUGGACAGUGACCAUAACCUUUUUGAGGAAUUCAGUUUAGAGGGAGCUUAAGGUUUGCAAUCGAAGGUGUCAAGUUUAAAUAUUCUGUUUACAGCACGAUGGGAAAUGAUUCAUUAGGGAUUAAGAUGUGCAUGACUCAAUGCACAUCAAGUAUUAUUACACAACCUUCCACUGAAUCCUGCAACUUUCUUAUACAAGUCACCUCUAAAGACCUCACUAAAAAGCAAUACAAGUUGAAUGGAGAGCAAAUAACCAAGCCUUUCUCCACCUAAGUGCAUAGUGGCCUGUAUUACAUACUUCCCAUUCUGCAGGUAUUCUAGUUGAACUUGAUGCUUCAAAUGUGUAGAUAAGACUAAUUUGUAAAAUGACGUUAUUUUGUAAUGAACAUUUUAUUUUUUCAAUUGUUUCCAUGCUACAUAUUUUAUUUAACAACCAAUAAUCAAAAUCCACCAUUUGCCAUAUCAUGGUAGACAUAUCUAUUUUAGCUAGACAAUUUUGACACUAGUUUCACAGUUUGAAAGGCAAACACAAAAGUCAAUGCUUUCUUCCCUAGAAAUAUCUUCUCAGCAGAAUGCUGGUUUUAAUUGUUCUUCUGAAGAGACCUCUGGUAUUAAUGUCAACCAUCAGUAAAUAUUUCAUAUGUUCUGUAUUUCUCCUAGAAGGGGUUACAUAUUGUUGUUUUUACAAAUAAAAUCACUUUGAUCUUCACCAACUAA